CAGACACCUUGCCCAGAGCAGACGGACCCCGCCCCCUCCCGCCAGGCACGCGCGCCCCCGCCGCCGUAGCCACUCCCCCUCCUCGAGCGCGCCCCAGCCGGUCACAGUGGGUGGGGUCAGCGCGGGUCACGUGGGGGGGGACGUCUGUCUCCCACGUCUAGUCCUCAGGUUCAAACUGAAGAAGAAAAAAAAAAAAUAAUAAACUAAAAAGUGUCCGGUCGGAUCCCGGGGCCCCGGUGUGAGGCGGCGACGAGCAGGUUCUGACAGAAGCGUCUGGAUUUGGUUGACUUCAGAAGGAAACCAUUUACCCAUUUAAAUCCCAUGCCUGCAACAUCAGCCAAAACAGAAAUUGUUUAAUGGGAAGAAUAACAAUAUGGAGGAGUCCCAGAUAAGUGCUGAAAGUACUGAAACAAAUGAACGCCUCAAAGAGGAUGCCAAUUGUAACACCGUGGAAAAUCUAGCAUUAAAGAAAAUACAAGAAAGUCAGAAAAUUAGUUCAUUGACUGUGCCUGAAGAACUAUCGAGAGACACGUCUGAAAAAGCCUUAAGCAAAGUCCAGGGUUCUUUCUUAACACAUGAUGGUGCUGCCGCUGUCUCCAGUGAAAAUCUCAUCUUGCCUAAAGGAGCUAGUAAUGGACCAGUUUCCCACUCUUCAAGUAAGACUUCCAACCUGAAUACAGACAGUAUUUCUUUAACCACAGACCAACCUGUGGGACAGCAAACAAGUUUGUGUUCAACAUUGAAGGUGAUUUAUGAUCUUCAGCAACCUGCAAAGAACACUUUACCGAUGUCAAGUCAGCAAGUUUUAUUCUUGCUACCUGAUGUAGCACAUGCCAAGAAAGAAACUCCUCAUUCCAUACAUAAACCUCCUACCUCCUCUUCUGUUGGGUGUGAAACAUCCAACGGCAACAGUUUCAACUUGGAUAGCACUUUAGAAGGGCCCAUAGAUGAUGCAUUCAACGACAGGAAAAUGUUACCUGAGAAUGAGGGAUAUGGUCAGACCCAAGGUGGUACUGCUGAAGAUGGCGACUCUGUAGCAGGAAAAGAAGCUAACGUGAGUACCAAGAGAGACACGGUAAAUAGUGACAAAGUGGAAGAGCCUGAAAAGAAUUGUGUUGUAAAGGUAGAGAAAAAGCGCAAACGAAAAAUGGAUGGCAGCAAGAUCACCCGCUGCUAUUCAGAAGAUGCUUAUAAUGAUGUAAAUUAUAUUCCCAAGAAAUCAAAGCUAUUACGUUUGGAUAUGAUGGAACAGAGCGACGAAGAGCAAGUGAUGGCUCCACACAAGUAUGAGAUGAUGAAGAUCAAGUCUGAAUCUUCUAUAGAUGAGUCGGAAGAACAUCUUCCAAAAGAAGCUAUCGAAGCGAUCAAUCAUUAUAUGUAUAGUCCCGUGUGCGACUAUUCCGACGAAACAUCACCCGUUCACGUUGACUCGUUGUUCUCUGUUGACGUGCAAAGCUGUGAUUCUCCAUCACCACCAACGUGCACUAGUGACCAAGAGCCAUCAUUUUAUCCCUGCACCAAGUGCAAUGUGAAUUUUAGAGAGAAGAAACACCUUCACAGGCAUAUGAUGUAUCACUUGGAUGGUAACAAUCACUUUCGCCACCUUAACGUUCCCAGACCAUAUGCUUGUAGGGAGUGUGGGCGAACGUUUAGAGACCGUAACUCUCUUCUCAAACAUAUGAUUAUUCACCAGGAACGUCGGCAGAAACUGAUGGAGGAGAUCCGUGAAUUGAAAGAGCUCCAAGACGAAGGUAGAAGCGCGCGGUUACAAUGUCCACAGUGCGUGUUCGGAACCAACUGUCCAAAGACUUUUGUUCAACAUGCCAAAACCCAUGAGAAGGACAAAAGAUACUACUGUUGUGAAGAAUGCAACUUUAUGGCCGUUACUGAGAACGAACUGGAGUGUCAUAGAGGUAUUGCUCAUGGGGCAGUGGUAAAAUGCUCUGUUCUGAAUGCAGAUCUCCCGCAGCGGAAAUAUCAGAAGAAAACUGCGAAAAACUCCUGUUUCCUUUCGUCCAAAAAACCCACAACGUACAUUUGUAAGAUGUGUCCAUUUACCACAUACGCCCGGAAUAUCUUAAAAAAACACAUCGACUACGCACAUUCGUCACCCUCUAUGGACCAGUUUAAUGGUCCUGUCAUUGUUAAACAAGAACGUUUCUCAGAUAGUGAGAUUGUAGAUAGUGACACUGAAGCUAAAGAGUUUGCUAAACAGCCCCAUUCUUUUCCAAAGAAUUCUGUCUUAAAGCAGGAUAUGAAAAGACCAUAUGGCUCUCUUGGUCAGAGCAACACUUUUACCAGGCUGUACAGAAAACACAAAAUACAAAAAGCUAGAAAAAGCGCUGCCCAGUCUAUCGACUGUGGUCCAGCCAUGUCUCCAAAUACAUCCCUUCUUUUCAGUAGCAAUGACCAAAAAUAUAGGUAUUUUCAGAUGAAACCGAAACAAACAAAGAUGAACAAUGCUUACAGAUAUAGUCCAAAAUGGGACGGCUACAAAACCCUAAAGAAAGCAAAUGUUGUCUACCCACUGAACUUAAAAAAGGAAGAAGAUGAUUCAACCGACUCCUUACACCUGGGCCCCAAAUCUUCCAGAUUUCAAGAAGAAUGCCUAAUCAUGGAUCCUCACAACCGUCAUCCAGGCAGGCUUGUUGGCUUCAAAGAUCGGGUAGCGGUCAAAAGGGUGCGCAAAUCUGAUCUUGAAAGGCAAGUGACUGAAGAAGACAUGGACAAUUACCCAGACUUUCUCCAGAAAGUGACUUACGUUGUACUCAAGAAACUUGAUCCGUCUGAAAAAAAGGACGAUUAUGAAUCAUGGGAGAAUAGCGAGCUGUGCGAUUACAGCACCGAGUCGCAGGAUGAUACCUACAGCAGUCCACCAAAAAAGGCCGUUUACCCAAUGUUCAAGGAUAAAUCUAAAGAUCACCAACUUGGCGAAGAGAAUUUGCAUUUUAACAACGACAACGGCUAUUAUUUUGAGUAUUAUGAAGAUAUCGACGAGGAGGAUUAUUUACACGACAUGUCUGGUGCUGAUACGGAAAAUGCCGACUCUGCAUUGCCAAGAAAUAGUUCUAUAUUUCACUGGAGCGACUUGACUCUUGAGAAGAAGUCCUGUCCAUACUGUCCUGCAACAUUUGAAACCGGGGUCGGAUUAUCGAAUCACGUUCGCGGACAUUUACAUAGAGCCGGGUUAACUUAUGAAGCUCGGCACGUGGUGUCUGCAGAACAGAUAGCGUCAAGUGAUAAAAUGCAGCACUUCAAGAGAACUGGAACACCAACAAAGCGUGUAAGAAAAGGUAGAAGAGAAAGAGCUACAGACGUUACCGCGCUGUGGACUGGGCUCAAUGGGCCACAACAGAAAUUGAAAAGAAAAAGAAAAGAUGACAAAAAACAGGUCCCUGACAAGGCUCCAGCCGCCACCGCCCUGCGAGAAAGAUUUGUAGAGAAAUCGGAGAGUCCUUCGGAGCACACUUGCGCCCUCUGUGGAGGUUGGUUUGAUACAAAAAUCGGUUUGUCAAAUCACGUCCGAGGUCACCUGAAAAGACUUGGCAAAAACAAAUGGGACGCGCACAAAUCGCCUAUCUGUGUCCUGAACGAAAUGCUGCAAAAUGAAGAGAAGUACGAGCAACUUCUGAAAGUUCUUAACAAUAGGCGCACUGUCCACAGGCCUUACUCCUCUCACAAAACUUCCAUUAAUGACUCAAAGUCCAAUGCUGUACACCAUGAAGCACACCGCAAUGGCCUAAAAACUGAUACUGUAUGUGGGCAGAUGGAGGAAGGUGUCCUCCUGGGUGAGUGCGAGGAGACAGGCGCACACGGCGAGAAGGAUAAACCGCUCUCCUUAAUCGAACUACUUAAAUUGAAAAAAUCAGGUGACGAAAAGAACAUGGAAUAUUCUCAAAAGGUCAAUCAAACGGCAAGAAAGAGGUUCAUCCAGAAAUGCCUUCAUCCGCUCAAUGAAGACUGUUCCCUCAUGUGCAAUUCCCAUAGAGGCAUGGACUUCGCUUUACAGUCAGGUAUGUCUGCGAAACACAGGACUUGCGUGAAUUGCAAUACAACAUUUUCAAGUGCUGUUAGCCUAUCUAACCAUAUGAGGGCGUAUUCACGGAAGAAGAGUGCUGGGCUUUUGUCUGGAACAGACAAAGCAAAAAGUGGAUUCAGCAGGAAUGGAAAGUUAUUAGAUUGCAAGCAAAAGAAGUCCCGAUCGAGAUCUGGGAGCAAGAAGAAAGUAUUGCCAUUGCCACACAGCACCGAGGAAGUUUAUGUCUUGAGAUGCAGGUUCUGUGGGCUCGUCUUUCGAGGGCCUUUGUCUGUCCAAGAAGAUUGGAUAAAGCACUUGCAGCGUCACAUCGUCAAUGCAAAUCUUCCACGGACAGGAGCGGGCAUGGUUGAAGUAGAGCCUUUAUUAAAGAAGACCCCCUCAAUCUCUGAGACCACCUUCUCCUUAAUAAUGACCGAGGCGGCUUCAUAAGAGCGGAAGCCAUACGAAACAAACAUGGGUUAUAUUUGGAUGUACAUUGGACUAUUUUUCUCUUGUGUUUUUAAAGAAAAUUUUUCCUUUUUUUUUUUUUCCUCUUCUUUUCUCCUUUUUAAAGACCACGUUGCUUAUACCUGUUUAUAGUACAAAGGACAAAACAAAUACUGAUGUGCCGUAACGUUAGGGCGAACUCCUGCAGAUGUCACCAUCUUUACACUUCGCUUCAUAUACGAAGCCCGACAUAAUCCUCGCGUAUAUGCCUUUUAUUUCCCCCACUCGUUAGAUGUGAUUGGAAAAAAAAAACACAACUCCAUCAUCCAUACCAGAAAUAUAUUUAUACGGUGCAUUUUCUACAAGAUCCAAGGACAAUUUCCUGAAAUCGUUGUUGCUUAAUUUUUAGGGCAUUAAGUAUUACCAUAAGCUGCGGAGUUCUGAGACUGUUCCAUUGGACGUAGGGCAAUCGGUAAUGUUUCUGUACAGACAACGUAUGUGUUUUUUGUUUCGUUUUUAAUACACAAUGCUUUUGUACUUAAAAAAAGAAAAAAAAAUGGAGGGCGGAUUGUUUAACCGAUAUUUCUGAAAAAGUGUAAAUAGGACUGGAAAUUAUUUGUUGUAAGGAAAAAAAAAAAAACUCUUUAUUUCAGUUGCGUUUCUCACUAACUUGGUGCAUCCAUGCUACCUCCUACUUUGUCAACAAAGAUGUAUUUACCCGGCGACAUUUCUUUUUAACGUAGGAUUUCAGUAUAUUACGUUGUUUUUUUUUGUUUUUUUUUUUUUUUUAACUAGUGAUAAGUCACAUGAUCAUUUCUCUUUUUAAUGUUCUCUUAAAGUCAAUUUUCUCCUCCCUAGUAUUUUAUUAAACCUAUUUCUGUACACGUAGCUUUCUCACCACACUGUUGUUAAUUUUUUUUUUUUUCUUUUUUCCGUUUUCAGUUUCGCUCCACACUUGAGCAUUUUUAGCAGACGUUUUUAAUAUUUCAACAUAUGAGAAUGUUUACAAUUUGAAAUUUUAGAAUUCGUUUUGGAUGUGAUUGUGUAGGAAACUGUGUAACACUAUGCUCGUGCUAAGGGCCUACUUACAGAAAUAUUGAAAUAAAUGUGUUGUGAGGAUGGAAUUUUGUCAUUCAAAUGCCUUCGUAUGUAAGGAAACUAGGUCACCCCGGAGAAGGUACGUUCAGCAUCUGUUCUGUAAAUAGUUAUUUAUCUUACUUUAAUAUUGUACCUCGAUGACCUGAAGUGUUAUACUGUUCUGCCAAUUGCUUCCAUUUUCACCUUAUGUUCUAAGCAUCAGCUGCUUGUAUCACCUAGAAGCAUUAUGGACACCUGCAGACAUUGCCAGCUAUUUUAUAUUUUAUAAAAAAUUGUAAUGUUAUAAUUUUAUUUAAUAAAACAUAUUUUGGAAUGGAAGGGAACCUAUUACUUUCAUGCUACCUCGAGUCAUUCGGCACGGUCCCUAGUGGCUCCCCCCC